CUUCUCUCGUGGAGUUGCUGUUAUAUAUCGGCGUGGCGGACGGCUGUAUGUCCAACGAUGGUCCGUACGGCAGAGAACGCAGAACAGAAGAAUGGAAUUAACAUGUUUAACAUUGAAGAAGAACUUUCAAAAACGUCAGCAAAUGAUGACAGUGCCAACCAAGCAGAAAAUAAAAAGGAUGAAGCACCUGUCUUGCAAAAAGAAAUUACCCUUUCAGAUGGAUCACGAGGAUUUGACAUGAUAUAUAGGAUUGAGGAUGUACCACCUUGGUAUCUGUGCAUUCUGCUGGGAUUUCAGCAUUAUCUAACAUGUUUCAGUGGCACUAUUGCUGUGCCAUUUCUUCUGGCUGAAUCUUUAUGUGUUGGGAAAGAUCAGUACACAGUGAGUCAGUUAAUUGGAACAAUUUUCACAUGUGUAGGAAUAACAACGCUCAUCCAAACAACACUUGGAGUCAGGCUUCCCUUGUUUCAGGCAAGUGCAUUUGCCUUUCUGAUCCCUGCCAGGUCUAUUCUUGCUUUAGAAAAAUGGAAAUGCCCAGAAGAAGAUCAGAUUUAUGGUAACUGGAGUUUGCCCUUGAACACCUCCCACAUAUGGCAGCCAAGGAUCCGUGAAAUACAAGGAGCCAUCAUUGUUUCCAGCCUUGUUGAAGUUGUGAUUGGACUGAUUGGUCUGCCUGGUGUGCUGCUCAGUUACAUCGGACCUUUGACUGUAACACCAACCGUUUCUUUGAUUGGCCUCUCAGUGUUUCAAGCAGCAGGUGACCGAGCUGGAUCUCACUGGGGUCUUUCAUUGUUGUCUAUCUUCCUGAUAGUAUUAUUUGCUCAGUAUCUGAGGAAUUUUUCUUUUCCUGUCCCAAUGUACAAGAUAGGCAAAGGCUGUAUCACUGCAAAGAUACAGAUUUUCAAAAUGUUUCCUAUUAUCAUGGCUAUCAUGGUAGUGUGGCUGAUCUGCUACAUUCUUACACUGACUGAUGUACUACCAAAGGAUCCAGCUGAGUAUGGCCACAAAGCACGUACAGAUGCCCGAGGAGAAAUAAUGUCCAUCGCGCCAUGGUUUCGAAUGCCUUAUCCGUGCCAAUGGGGUUUGCCAACAGUGACUGCAGCUGGUGUUCUAGGAAUGUUCAGUGCAACACUUGCUGGUAUUAUAGAAUCUAUUGGGGAUUAUUAUGCUUGUGCAAGACUUGCAGGAGCGCCACCCCCACCGAUUCAUGCCAUUAACAGGGGAAUUUUUACCGAAGGUAUCUCCUGCAUUAUUGCUGGAUUACUUGGAACUGGCAAUGGAUCUACCUCUUCAAGUCCAAAUAUUGGAGUUCUUGGCAUAACAAAGGUUGGUAGCAGAAGGGUGAUUCAGUAUGGAGCUGGAAUUAUGUUAAUUUUGGGAACAAUUGGGAAAUUCACAGCUUUGUUUGCUUCACUACCAGAUCCUAUUCUUGGUGGAAUGUUCUGCACGCUGUUUGGUAUGAUAACAGCAGUUGGACUCUCUAACUUGCAGUUUGUAGACAUGAACUCCUCACGAAAUCUCUUUGUUUUGGGUUUUUCUAUGUUUUUUGGCCUAACUGUACCAAAUUAUCUGGAUGCCCACCCAAAAGCCAUCAGCACAGGAGUACCAGAAAUUGACCAAAUUCUGACUGUUUUAUUGACAACUGAAAUGUUUGUGGGGGGCUGCCUUGCUUUUUUGUUGGACAACACUAUUCCAGGCUCAAAAAAAGAGCGUGGAUUGGUAGAGUGGAAGGAAGGUGCUCAUUCCAACAGUGACAUGUGCGUAGACCUACUGAGUUAUGAUUUUCCAUGUGGAAUGGCUUUUGUGAAAAAGCUCAAGUUCCUGAGAUUUGUCCCCAUCUGCCCGACGUUCAAAGGCUUCACAACAAGUAACGGGGAUGACACAGCAGAAAUCGUUGUUGAGACCGAAGAGAGUGCUGUAUCAUCUACCAAAGUGUGAGGUUCUUGUCAGACUGGAAGCCACCAAUGUCUUAUGAAAACAUAUUAAGAGGUCAUUGCCUGUCUUUUGUAUCUGCCUCUCCUCGAUUUGAUUUUCAUGUCUAAGCUGUGAAACUGAUUUUAUUUAGAAGGCUUCUUCUUUAUAAUUCAAGAGUGUCUUUAUUGGACCCCAUGCUGUCAUAAGCACAAGUCUGAAUGGUUGCCCAGAAGAAAAGUCUCUUCACUUUUCAAGUAGACAUCCUCUACUUCAAGUCAAGUUCCCGUGUAAUUGAAAAGAAGAGCAUUUGGCAGUG